UAACCUUCCUGGUUCUUGACAUCAUUCAUUAAAUCAGCAGAUCAAGACUUAAAUGGCAUCAUCCAGCACAGUUUCAUGUGGUGUUUGUGACUCUCAGCACACGACAACAAAUGCUGACUACUGGUGCCCUGAAUGUGACGAAGGACUAUGCUCCCAAUGCCUGAAGUAUCACAGUGCAUCAAAGGCCUUACGUAACCAUGAUAUAAUAUCUGUCGACAAUUAUAAACAACUACCUCCCUCGAUAGCCAAUAUAUCACCAUACUGUUCACAGCAUGACAGAAAAUUCAAGAAUUAUUGUCCGCAACAUGAAAGUAUCAGUUGUCCACUGUGUAUUCAGUCCAACCAUGCUAAUUGUGUUGGGAUAUUAUCGCUUGAGAAUGUCAUACAGACAGCAAAGACUUCAGUCUUAUUGGAAAGUCUUGAUCAGAAUCUGAAAGAUAUCAAACUGAAUUUCGAGAGGGUUGUUAAAGAUCGGACACAAAAUCUGGUUGAAAUCCAGAAUCAAAGGCAGAAAUUUCACGAUGAAAUAAAACAGCUCCGUAAUAAAAUUAACGAGCACCUAGACAGCUUAGAACAACUAAUACUUCAGGAUCUAUAUGCUGCAGAAGAAAAAGUUAAAUCACAAAUAGAAGACUUCUUGGGCAAACUUGCUGAACAUACGGAAAAAAUGGAUCUUUUGCAAACUAAUAUGUCAGCUAUCAAAGAAUAUGCGUCAGACCUACAAGCAUUUCUUGGAAGUAAAAUGGUUGAAACAGAAAUUAAGAAACACGAAAUAUUUAUGCAGUCGUUAUUUGAGGACGGUAGUUUACAGAAGAUAGACUUGAACUGUAAAAUUAAGGACAAUUUAUCCGACGUAUUGUCUACUGUUACUUCAUUCGGUUCAAUAUCUGUUGAAUCGAAUUCUCCAUUGGUGGUAUUACAGACAGAGAAAGACAAACAAGCACAGAUUCGAACUUUUCAUCAUGCACCACCUACAACUGUCAAUGAUAUCAAAAUGACAUUAAAAAGAAAAUUUGAAUUUACAUGUGUCACAGGGUGUUCUUUUUCUAGUAAGGGAGACAUCUUCCUAGUAGACUACGGCAAAAUACGUCUUCUGAUCUUAAAGGAAGAUGGAACCUUGCAUAGUGACAUACCUUUGUCAAAUCAAAACCCAGUAGAUGUAACUUGUAUCGAUGACAAGACAGUCGCUGUUUCAUUUCAAUCUUCAAAUCAAAUUCAAAUCAUCAACAUUUUAACAAAAAAAAUUGAAAGCAUGAUAAAAACAACCAGUAGCUGUCAAGGUAUAUGUUACGCAGAUGGCCACUUAUUAUGCUGUAAUACUGGCACAGGUAUACAGAAAGUAAAAGUGUCAGACAAUCGCUCUUCUACUUUGGUUAAAGACGAUACCUUGUCCGGGUGGAGUUUUGUAACAACAUCCAAAGACAAGAUAUUUUAUACCAAUAGAUCAAACAACACCGUAUCAUGCUAUACUGUUACUGGAGAGAAGAAGUGGGAAUACAAAGAUCAAUCAGUUCGUUCUCCGAGAGGAAUAUCUGUAGAUAAAGACUCAAACGUUUAUAUUGCUUCAUAUGGUAAUAAUAUUAUAAUUGUAUUGUCGUCGGAUGGAAAACAAGUAAGAAAGCUGCUUGGGACAGUUGACGGAAUUAGAAUCCCUUUUGGGCUCGCGUUUGAUGUAAAGAAAGACAAAUUAAUAGUUGCGAAUCAUAAUGGACCUGUAUUGUACGAACGCUGUUAGCAGACAGUUCUGAUUACAUGGUUUAUAACUGAAAAACGAAAAUUGUAAAAAAUACUUAAAUCUGCCUGAAAUCUAUUGACAACAAUUUCAGAGUUCAAACAGAAUAUUAUGAUUUUGUUUUACAAAAUUUCAUUUUAAUUCAUUGCUAUAAGGUGAAAUAUCAUGUCUGGAAAAAACAUUUGACACAUGAUCAACAAUUUCCUGGAUUUAUUUAUUUAUUGUGAUUAUUUUUUUUUCAAUACUACAAAAGGAGAAGGGUCAUUUAAACCUCUUUGUAUCUCCCAAAUGCGCUUAAAGUUAUUGUUCUUUAAUGUAAAACACUAAAUUUCAAUGUUUUAGUAUUGUUGCAAUUGAAAAAAAAAUCAUAUUUAAGAUCGAUAUGACCUAUAAAGGAUCAAAAUAUUCAAAGAAUAAAAUUAUUGAAAUAUUAGAAAAAAGAGGCGAAAGAUACCAAAGGGACAUUCAAACUCAUACGUCGAAAAUAAUCUGACAACGCCAUGACUAAAAAAGAA